AGCUCCUCACUUUUCUACACUCCCUCACUUCCCACCACCCUCUCUAUCUUCUCUUCUCCCCUCCCUCUUAGCUUCCCCCCAUCUUUAUUGCUGUUUAUCAGGAGUUUUAGCUAAUAAACCACCUACAUUGUUUCUUAUUAAGUUGAAGAUCAACUUCUUUGUACUUGCUGGGUUCUUUUUUCUUCUUCUUGUCUGGAAGAUCUUUUCUCAACCCUCUUUUUGAUAAUAAUAAUAAUAAUAAUAGUCUUGUUCUGAGGGAUGGGUGGGGCUGUGGUGCUGUUCAGUGUGUUGCUAGUUUUGGUGCCUCUGGCUUCUGCUGGCCAUGACUAUGGGAAGGCCCUGAGCAAAAGCAUUCUUUUCUUUGAGGCCCAGAGGUCUGGGUACCUCCCCAGUAACCAGAGGGUCACCUGGAGAGCUGACUCUGGCUUGCUUGAUGGAAAGGCUAAUGGGGUAGAUCUUGUUGGAGGCUACUAUGAUGCAGGGGACAAUGUGAAAUUUGGGCUGCCAAUGGCCUUCACCAUCACCAUGAUGGCAUGGAGCAUAGCUGAAUAUGGGAAGCAGAUGGCUGCAACUGGAGAGCUGGGUCAUGCCAUGGAGGCUGUGAAGUGGGGCACUGACUACCUCAUCAAAGCCCACUCAGAGCCCCAUGUCCUCUACGGAGAGGUUGGGGAUGGGAACUCAGAUCACUACUGCUGGCAGCGGCCGGAAGACAUGACGACCAGCCGGAUGGCCUACCGGAUCGAUGCUGACCACCCGGGGUCGGACCUUGCCGGAGAGACGGCAGCGGCGAUGGCCUCAGCUUCAGUUAUCUUCCGGCGGUCGAACCCGGCUUAUUCCGGCCAACUCCUCAGCCAUGCAACCCAGCUCUUUGAGUUCGCGGACAAGUACAGGGGCAAGUACGACCGCAGCAUCACCGUCGCUCAGAAGUACUACCAAUCCAUCAGUGGGUACGGGGACGAGCUACUCUGGGCCGCGGCGUGGUUGUACCGGGCGACGAAUGACCGGUAUUACCUGGAUUACUUGGGGAACAACGGUGAUGCGUUGGGUGGAACCGGGUGGGCGAUGACCGAGUUCGGGUGGGACGUCAAAUACGCUGGUGUUCAAGUUCUCGCCUCCAAGCUCCUUCUCCAAGGGAAAGCAGCUCAUCAUUCGCCGGUCUUUGAGCGAUAUCAGCAGAAGGCAGAGUACUUCAUGUGCUCGUGCCUCGGAAAGGGUCCCCGCAAUGUUCAGAGGACCCCUGGAGGCCUACUAUUCCGGCAGAGGUGGAACAAUUUGCAGUUCGUGACAGGUGCCUCCUUCCUCCUCACUGUUUACUCUGACUACCUUUCAGCUACUGGGAGGAACAUACAGUGCUCUGCUGGAACUGCCAUGCCUUCAGAACUUCUCAUGUUUGCCAAGUCUCAGAUUGACUAUAUACUAGGAGACAACCCAAGAGCUACAAGCUAUAUGGUGGGAUAUGGCGGCACUUACCCGCAGCAGGUCCACCACCGUGCCUCCUCAAUUGUGUCCAUCAAGGUCGAUCCUACAUUCGUGAGCUGCAGGGGAGGUUACCAAGCAUGGUUCAGCCGCAAGGCCGGCGAUCCUAACCUCCUCGAUGGUGCCAUUGUCGGCGGGCCUGAUGCCUAUGAUAACUUUGCUGAUCAAAGGGACAAUUAUGAGCAGACUGAGCCUGCAACGUAUAACAAUGCUCCUAUGCUCGGCGUAUUGGCCCGUCUUCAUGGUGGCAAUGGUGCUUUCAGCCAACUCCUUCCUGUGGUGCUUCCUGCACCUAAUAUACCUGCGAAGCCAAAGCCAUCUACUCCUGCUCCAGUUUCUCAACCUAACUCACCAUUCGUUGUCGAGCAAAGGGCAACUGCAUCAUGGAAUCAAAAGGGAAAAACCUACUACAGGUAUUCCACAGUGGUGACAAACAAAUCAUCAAAGAAUGUGAAGGACCUCAAGAUUUCUAUAUCUAAGCUUUAUGGCCCAUUAUGGGGGCUCAGCAAGUCCAGCAAUGGCUUUGGAUUCCCAACAUGGCUCAGCUCUCUGCCUGCGGGAAAGAGCUUGGAAUUUGUGUACAUCCACGCAGCUUCUCCAGCUGACAUCCUGGUCUCAGGGUAUACAUUGGUCUGAGAUCAUCUGGAAACUCAAGCCACAAAAAAAAAAAAAAAGAGAGAGAGCUUGAUUGGUUUCAGGUGUUGAUUUAUGCAGUUAUAGUAUAUAGUCCAGAAGGGUUUUUUGUCCCCCUUCUUUUACCGUCGGUCUGGUAAAAACUAAGGAUAUAUUAAAUUAUUAAUAAGUGCUAGGAUUUAGGGGAGAAAGGAGUGAAGGGACAAAGGGAGUGCUCAUCCUCUUUCUCCUCUUCUUCCAAUAGCCUAUAAAGAUUGGAAGAUACUGUGAUAUGGAAAUGGUUGGGAGGUAAGGACCUUCCCAACUAGUAUUUAGGAGUUUGUGUUACUUCUCUUACCUCAUAUUAGCAACCUUUGGUUGUGUUGCUGCUGUUGUAAGCUUUCAAGUUGUAACUUUUUUCAUAUUGUGGAGAUCUAAGUGUGCUGCUUUUAUGAAACAUUGUAACCUUUGUUUUAGUUAAUGUGCAUCUCAUGCCUGCCCCUUUGCACUUUA